AUGUCCGAAUCGCUUGUACCCGAGACGAGGGUACUGGCAGUGGCCAGUCAUGUGGUUUAUGGCCAUGUGGGAAACACCAUGGCCACUUUUGUCAUGCAGUCCAUGGGCUGUGAGGUCGCCGCAUUGAAUACCGUGCAUUUCAGCAACCACACCGGAUACCGGCAGUUCAAGGGCACUCGCGCAACCGCCCCGGAAAUUACGGAUCUCUACCAGGGUCUCUGCCAGAGUAACUUGACUGACUUUGAUGUGAUGCUGUCCGGCUAUGCCCCCAGUGCCGCCGCUGUAGAAGCCGUGGGCAACAUUGCCAUUGACCUGAGGCGGAAGGCCGAGCAGAAACCUGGUUCAUUUUUCUGGGUAUUGGACCCUGUCAUGGGUGACCAGGGCCGGCUAUACGUCAAUGACGAUGUCGUCCCCGCUUAUAAGAAGAUCAUCCAUCACGCAGACCUAAUUCUGCCGAACCAAUUUGAAGCAGAAGUCCUCUCCGGCAUCAAGAUCACCUCCCUCGCCACUCUAGCCGAGGCCAUCACCGCCAUUCACCGCAUCUACUCCGUCCCGCAUGUCAUCAUCACCUCCGUUCAGCUCUUCAAACUAUCCCAGUCGGGCAAAACCCCCAGCCCGCCCGAGAACUUCCUAACCGUCAUCGGCUCCACCACGCAAUCCGACGGAUCUCCGCGCCUUUUCCGGAUCGACGUCCCCGCCCUCGACUGUUUCUUCAGCGGCACGGGCGACAUGUUCGCCGCCCUGAUGGUUGCCCGACUCCGCGAAGCCGUCGUGGCUGCUGGUGAUGAUCUUCGCACCACCCAGUCGUGGGUCUCCCCCGACAGCGUUCCGGCCACUAAUCUGCCGCUGGCACAAGCGACCGUCAAGGUGCUCUCUAGCAUGCACAGCAUCCUCGAGCGGACCAUGGAGGCCCGCAAUGCAGAGCUGGCGCUUGCCUUGCCCGAACAGAAUGGAGACCUGAGCCCCGAAGAGCAGCAGAAGCGCGACCAUUUGCGUCGAACCAAGGCUGCCGAGGUGCGGCUGGUCCGGAAUACGCGAUUCCUGCGGGAUCCUCUCGUGCAGUUCAAGGUGCAACAGUGGCGCAAGGAAGAUCUCCCGGCACAAUUGCAAUAG